AUGAUGAUGUCAGGAGGGUAUUUUUUACUACUGACUUUGUUCUCCAAAUGUUUGUAUUACACUGUACAUUGAGUCUAUUUUUGUCUUUCGGCGUCGUCCCACUUCCGUUUCGCUGAAAGUAGAAGAAUCCUAGAAUAUGAAGAAGUAGAGAAAGAAAUUGACCUUGAAGAAUCAAUGGGUUUGUACCAACCACCAUCUUGUUCACAGAAUGCAGGGGCGCUUGCCGCCCAAAGAGAUACUGUCGCCUAAGUGGAAAGCGGCGAUACGCGGCGCGUUUUUUGCCUCAUCUGUCGCUUUUAUCUAUUUUUGUGGCGAAGUUGCUGAUCAAGCCUUCCCGGAGAACAUGAAGUUUGCCUAGACUACCUCCUCGCAAAAUGAAGUACCUGGUACAAGAGCGGCGCUGCGGGAGUCGAUUCAUGCUUCAGACCUUUUUCAUGUUUGUUCUUCAGGACGGGGAUUUCAUAACGACGCACAUGAUCAUGAUUUCUUCUGGUGUACAAAAAACCUGAUGAUCUUGACCUUGAGGAUGGAUAACAUCAAAGACUACAACAUGAUGUAACCGAGGCAUUUCCAUUGCUCCUUUUCUUCAAAAAUCAUUUUUCUUUGACAGUGUGGGAAGCACCUAAAACUCGUCAUACGAUCUCCAUUAUCGUGGUAUUUUCUUCGCCUGGUGAACAACCAACUUGCUGGUGCUAAGCACUUGUUCCAUGGUGAAGAUGACAUGCGUUCGACAAUCAUCUAGGUAGGAUCCUUCAGGUAGGAUCCAUCUAAAAGAUCCAAACAAUGUGAAAUUAUGUCAAGAUCAAACAAGAAAAAAAAAUUUCUCAGAUGCGGCAAUGGGCAAC